UGAAUAUUUUCAGCAAUUAGACACUGUUCUGUUCCAUACCUGAAAUUUCAAUGUUUUCAUCUUUUGUAGGUUGCUUGUGAGCCUCUUGCUGAAAUGAUUAAGAAUCACUUUGUGGAUAUUUUCUCUGUUUUUAUUGCGUUACAUUGCAAUAAAAAGGCUGGUUGGGAGAAGGGAUCAGCUGUACUUGAAAGUUCAAUUCUGGAUAUUGCUAAAAGAUCUGAAAUUGAAAGAGAGAAGCUUAUAAGGACACACAUGGUUUCAAUUGUCAAUACAAUUUUCUCUCUUGCUUCAACAGCUGCAGACCCUAUUCUUCCUUUAUUCUCCAAGGAGACAAUUGCAGUCUUGGAGAUAGAUUCCUCUAGUCAAAAUAUUGGCGCUAUUAACAAGAUUAACAUCUUCAAUAUUGUUGUAUCUCCGAGCUUAUAUCUUCCAAGUCGAUCUUUACAAUAUUCGAUUCAGUAUCUAGAGCUACAUACUCCAGUUUAA